UUUCCAAAGUGAUUUUUUAUAUCAUCACCAUCUCUCUGUAAAACCCAUCCUGCCCCAAGGGCCAAGGGGGGAGGGAUAUCGAAUCGAAGAAAGAAAAGAGGCAGAGAAUUGAAAAAAGCAAGAAAUGGUCAAGCAAGGGUAUCCCUUUGGUUAUUUACUGGUACGCAUGUCCUUCUCUAUAUGCACCUCUAGCAAACUUGGAAUUUGAAGCGUUGCUGUAUCUGUUCAAACAUAAAAAAGCCUCUCCAUUUCCUUGGCGUAUUUGCAAAUAGGAAGGAGGGGAAGGAGGGAGGGAGAGAGUCCCCGAAAUAAGGCGCGGGGCAAAAAUGGGAUCAAAUGCGGAGAGUGCAAAAUAGCUCUCCUGCCCUAGAUCAUUCAGUUCCCGCCAAUUUUUUGUAUCUCUCAGUAGACUGGAGUAAUAAUCGGUAUCUUCUUCUCAUCUUUCUUGCAUCUCUUUCUCUAAAUAGCUUCGUCCUUCUGAAUUUCUUCUUCAUUAUUGUUGAUUUCAAGUGUAAAAGAAUAAUAAAAAGUUGGGUUGCGAGGAACGAAUUUCUCUGCUUUUUUAGGGUUUGAAUUCGAAAUCCAUGGCAGGAUGGUCGAUUUUAACUGAUGGGUCUGCUCUGGAUUGCGUCGAAAUCCUUCGACAUCUUCAGAGUAAUGGGUUCUGCUUGGAUCUCGAUGAUUCUCUAAAGGGGGGUGCUGAUAGUGGUAAAGAUAAGCUCCAAUGUCUAUUUAGCCAGAUUCUCUCCGUUUUUCUGAGAGAGAUCUCUAUCGGUGAAGAAGUUCGCGUUUUACCUGCAAUGCUUGGAGAUGGGCGGUGUGUGGAUUUGUUCAAACUCUUCUGGGUCGUUAGGCAAAAGGGUGGAUACGAUUGUGUAUCGAGGAAUGGGUUAUGGACUUCUGUAGCAGAGGAAGUCAGUUUGGGUUCGAGCGUCACGUCUUCUGUGAAGUUGGUUUAUGUUAAGUAUCUGGAUUCGUUAGACCGAUGGUUACAAAGAAUCUUGAGAGAUAAGGGCAUUACGGUAGGUUUAUCUGAUUGCGGUGGGAAUCUAAGUUUGUUUUCCGUGGAGUUAGAGACCGAGUUUGGAGGUAUGCCAUCUCAGACGUCAGAGGAAAAGAAGAAGGAUGAUUGUCACAUUAAGUUGGAUUCAGAUGAAAACAAUAUUUCUUUGUUGGUCACGGAAAACACGUAUAACACCCCGGAGGUGAGGAGUGUGAUGGUGUUGGAUAAUGACAAUGCUGAUGAUGACGAUGUUAUGAUAUUAGAACGAAAUGCUGUUAAUGAAGAGACUCUUUCACGCAAGAGAAAACGAAAGUCAAUAUCAGAAAUGCUGAAUUGGGUGACUGAGGUUGCAAAGAAUCCUGGUGAUUUUGCCAAUGAAAUGUUACCGGGAAGUUGCAGUGGUAAGGAGUUCUUGGUUCAGGCUCUGUUGGCACGAGAAGCAUUAUUUCUAAGAAGGCAUAUCCCUUCAACUAUUGUACAGUCUCUCCUGCAGAAAAAGAUGAAGAUGCAUCCCUCCAUGUAUGAGGAUCACAUUGGUGGUGAUCACCAGUCUACAGAGAGAUUGAGAUGCAGUGAAAGAAUUUCUGUGAAAAAAUCUCACUCACUCUCUUGUUCUAAAUCAUCAUCAGCCACUAAGAAUGACAUGAACAUAGGUUUUAAUCCUUUCAAUAAAGUGCUGGAGAAUAGCUAUAAUAACCGUUUGCUUGCUGCAGUUGAUUCUUUGUCUGAAAAUGCAGCACUUGGUCUAGAUGGUGAUGAUGACUUUGAGAAGCAGGUUCCUGUGGGUCCACACUUUCAAGCCGAAGUGCCAGAAUGGACUGGUGCAGUUUCUGAAAGUGACUCUAAAUGGUUGGGUAAACGAGUUUGGCCAUUGGAUUUAGGUGAACGCAUUUCAAUAAUUGAAAGAGAUCCUAUUGGCAAGGGUAGAUCACAUUCAUGUGGUUGCAAACUUCCAGGGUCAGUUGAAUGCAUCAGAUUUCAUAUUGCAGAGAAAAGAAUGAGACUGAAACUUGAAUUGGGUUCAGCUUUCCACCAUUGGAGAUUCAACUACAUGGGGGAGGAAGUUUCACUUUCAUGGACAGAGGAAGAAGAAAAGAGGUUUAAGACCAUAGUUAGGUUAAAUCCCCCAUCUCUGGAUAAAUGUUUCUGGAACCAGGCAUUUAAAUCUUUUCCUACCAAAAAGAGGAAAGACUUGGUAAGUUAUUAUUUCAAUGUGUUUCUUCUUCGGCGCAGAAGUUACCAGAAUCGGGUGUCUCCAAACAACAUUGACAGUGAUGACGAUGAGUCAGAGUUUGGAUCUGUUAGCAAUGGUUUUGGGCAUGAAGCGCUUAAGGUAGCAGGCUCUAAAUCUGUCUUCUGUGCUCAAAAUAAGCAGUGUGUUGACUUGGAAGGGUACACAUGUUGACUAGGUUCCAAGAUUUUGAUAAGAAGUGUAAAUUUUUGAUUUUACAUGUUUUGGUCAUUGGGCAAUUUCCAAUGAAGAUCUGCGAGUGCUUUUCUCUCCACCUUUCCAGUUCAAGAACAUCCACCACAGCCUUCCAAGAUUUCUUUUGAUGGGUCUAAAGAUUUUCCUGGGUAUGGGUGGGUUUAUUUUGCAUGAGAACAGCACUCAUGGUGGAAAAAACUUCACCGAGUGAAAAAGCAGAAACAUGUGGAACCUGUUUGAACUUUCGGCUUUUAUUGCUGAUCAGAGUAUCAGACAUUUUUGGGCUUGCACACUGAUUUUUAAGGAUACUUCUGACCGAUGAAUAUCAAAUCCAGGUAUUACUAUCAGAUUGCAUUCAAUUA